CGAGUAAACUCGGCGCGACAAUCCGCAUCUCUCUCCGUACGCAGCCAUGAAACUAUCAAUUUUUCUUAUUGCGAUGAUAUCAAUCGCGUGGGUAAAAACAGAAAAUAUAGGGAGAUCUGUUCGCGCGCCACAAGAGCAAAUCAAGUAUGCGGAUAGUGACGAUUCGAGGUUCCAUUCGGAGUACCUCGCGCUCCAGGGCCAGUUGCGGUCGCAGCAAGCGAACGCUCAGCGGUCUCAACGUGCUGAGGGUGGCUCACCCCUUCGUCUUCGACAAGCCCAACAACCGGCCCGGCCUCAGCCUCAGCAAGUCCAACAGCAGGCCCAAGGUCCACAGUAUUACAGCUACAAACCAUAUUCGGCAGUGCCGAAUCAUAUUAAACAGCUGAUCGAUUCGGUCUAUCAGCCGCAAGCUCCUUACGUUGAUCCUACAUCUUUCAUUUAUGGCGGCAACUAUUUUGCGGCGGCACCGCAACAACGUGAGCAACCGGCUCCUGCCGCUUCUGAAUAUCCUCAUGGUGCAUAUUUACAACCGGCAGAGAAAUACCAGUCGAUUGAUCCUCAAAAAGCGCACCCCAGGUAUGACAGCGAUAGAAGAGUAGAGCGUCAGGAUAGAAUCGCUUAUAAGGAGGAUUACGAACAACAACAGCAGCAGCAACAACAACAGCAACAGCAGCAGCAACAGAUCGUAACGUUUCCAUUAGCAGCCAUACCAGAAUCUCCAAUGCCUACUCUAUAUUUGGACAGGAACAUGCCUACGGAGAUCAAGCAAUUGUUAAAAUAUCAGGCACAGAUACCAUAUGAUCUUACAGCGAAUCGUAUUCAAUAUACACCGAAAAGCGUUUUCGUCCCCAAGCCGUUGCCCAAUGAUGCCAAGGGUCUCUAUUAUUACCGUAGUAAGAUUUACUAUCCAAGUGAUGAUAACAUUGACGCGGAAUAUUCGCAGAACAAGCCGAUCGACGAGGAACAGCGCCAUUGACCGAAAAUUGGUCCAUAAUAUAUAAUAAUAUAUAAUAUAAUUAUGGAUUUAUAUAAUUUAAUAUUCUAUUUCUUGUCUUUAACUUUUGAAGAAAAGUCAAUUGGUUCUAAAACUCUAUCGAGUUGAAUCCCAUUCUCAUACGCCGAAAUAGUUUUUAGAUUUUACUGUUAUCGAGACUUUGUUAAAACGUGCGCGAGUUUCUUAUGUUUUUAAAUUAUUAUACCAUUUCUUGAUGUAACGAUAUAUGUCUACCGUGUAUGAUAUUUGCCAACAACCCGGUCACUGCGGAAUUUUUCUUUAGGGACCAAAAAUGAAUGAAUGUUCGUCCGACAAUUAUAAUUAAAUAUACUAAUUAUAAAAAAAAACUAUUCAAUUCAUAAUUAACAUAGAACAAUGUGUUUAAAAAAAUAUGUGAAAAUAAAUGAAAAUCACAGAAGCAAAAAAUACUUAAUUAAAUUUUACGAAAAUUUAUUUGAAAUAUAAUUAAUCAUGAUGACAGAAAGUUUAUCAAGACAAAAAUAAGAAGUAAAACCGAUCUAUCAAAUUUCCUUUCGAUUAAUUUUCUAUUUGCUUUUUAUUUCACUCAAUAUUGUAAUUGUAAUUUUAUAAUUUUAUUAUUAAUAAAAUGUAGCUAUUCAAAUUUUUGCGUAUGCAUGUAAGAUAGAGAAUGUUUGAUUAUAUACACGGUAGCAUAAAGAAUGUAAUUUUUUAUACGAAAUAAACGUUUCCGCUUCUGGUAUCAUGGAAGUCAUU